CCACUCGGUUUGGGCUUGGCGAAACCUUCCAACGAAGUGACACCCAAUCUCAUCAAGUAGACCCCACCAAAUCUAACGGUCCAGAUCUAAUUGCACGCGUGCAUGUGCCAAAGGCAAGAGGCCCUUUGAAGAGGCUCUGAAUCCAAUCACAGUGCAAUUUCUCUGUAGCCAUGGCCGGAGGUAGAAGAAGAAACAACAACACCGACGACCACAACAACAGUAGUAGCAACAACAAGGGCAUAAGAAAAAGAGGCUCUGUCAAAAAAGCGGCUCUGUUCGUUGAGGGCGGAUUCUUAUCUGAGUGGCCCCGAAAUCCGUCGUCUGCUAGCACUUCUCGAGGAACAAACGCUAAUCCGAAUGACAAAUCUGGGUCUGGGUCCAAAUCUGGAAGGCUUUAUCGAAGCAAAGCUUCUGGUUCUAAAAGUGACUCUCGGAAAUGGGACGGAAAUGCUAUCGGAUAUGAAUACCCUGCGCUCGGGCAUCAGGAGGGCAAUAAUGGAGAUAAUGAAAUAGACGAGUCGCACCCCAUUGUUCUAGUGGAUUCAAAGGAGACUCAAAUUGUUGCAUACGUAGACAAAACACCAUUUUCAGAGCCCCAUGAUGUGGAUUAUACUUAUGAAUACACUUCAGAAUUUGUUUUGGGUGAUGACAGUCAUCAAGGGUUGGGAUUCCAUGCUGAACCUGAAGGAACCUCAAAUGGAAUUGGAGGGUCCUUGAAGCAAAUGGAAGAGCAAGAAUUGCCAUCUUCUGAUUCACCAUCUUAUGAGAAGGAAAUGGAUGCUGAUGAGGGUAUUAAUUGUAAGGUAGGUCAGAUGUGUGAAGAAGUUUUGGAUGUGGUGUCACCUAAAAAAAAAAAUUCGGGGUUUUUGUCAAUUGGAGGCAUGAAAUUGUACACCCAAGAUAUAUCUGGUGAGGAAGGUAGUGAGGAUGACUAUAGCGAGCCACUAGAUGAGGGAAGCACAGAAGCAUCUGAGCCUGGAGAAGUGGUGGGAUCAUCCGAAAGUGAUGGUUCUGAAGACUCAUCUGAUAGUGAUUCAGAUAUUGAUGAAGAAAUUGCAAUGGAUUACUUAGAAGGAAUUGGUGGAAGUGACAAUGUUUUGGAAUCCAAAUGGUUGAUGAAAACAGCUUUGAAUGAGUCGCGUGACGAUAUUUCUUCUAGCAGUUGCUUGAAGGAGACUUUAGAGAAGUUUGGUGGAAUUGCUCUCCAGGACGCAUCCAGGGAAUAUGGUAUGAAGAAGCCCAAAUCAAGGAAGAAAAACUCUUUAGCUUCCAGAAAUAAUUGGUCAUCGACUAUAGAUGACCUUAUGCUUGUAAAGGAUCCAAGAUCUGGUUCUGCAAAAAAGAAGCAUGUUGCUAGGUUUCCUCGAUCUUGGCCUAUAGAGGAUCAAAUGAGUAAAUAUUCCAGAAACUUUCCUGGUGCCAAAAAGAAACAUCAUAAAGAAACGAUUGCUGUAAAGCGUCGGGAGAGAAUACGGCUCCGUGGUGUUGAUUUGGAGCAAAUAAACACGAAACUAGAGCAGAUUGUGUUGGAUGGAGUAGAUAUAUUUUCUUUUCAACCUAUACAUUCCCGCGAUUGUUCCCAGGUACAACGGUUAGCUGCAAUAUAUCGCUUGCAAAGUGGCUGCCAAAGUUCUGGAAAGAAAAAAUUUGUAACAGUGAUGCGAACACCAAACACAUGCAUGCCAUCGUCCAAUGAUAAACUUCGCCUCGAAAAGCUGAUAGGUGCUGGCAAUGAGGAUGAUGAUUUUCCUGUGACUAAAGGCCCUAACUUAAGAACUGGAAAUAGAAACAGGGUAAAGAAGACUGCUAAGGGCAGUGGUGAAGCAAGUGAGAAGAAACAGAAUGGAAAAAAGGGUUCAUAUGCCAAUCAACCUGUGUCAUUUGUAUCAAGUGGUGCAAUGCAAUCAGAUGCUGUUCAGAUUACAGCGGUUGAUUCACAAGAGACAGAUGAAAAUGAUAAAAAUAAAGGCAUAGCGGGCUCCAGAAGCUAUGUUUCAUUUGAGGUACACACUAAGGGAUUUGGAUCAAGAAUGAUGGCUAAAAUGGGAUUUAUUGAAGGUGGAGGGUUAGGAAAGGAUGGUCAAGGUAUGGCACAGCCCAUUGAAGUUAUCCAACGCCCGAAAUCGCUUGGAUUGGGUGUCGAAUUCUCCAACUCCGGUGAUGACUCGGCAAGGACUAAAUCCCAAAAGAUGGAAGUCCCCAGUGGUGACUCAAUAAGGAACAAGUCCCAAAAGAUUGGAUCUUUUGAAAAGCAUACAAAGGGAUUUGGAUCAAAGAUGAUGGCAAAGAUGGGUUUUGUGGAAGGCAUGGGCUUGGGCAAGAGUUCACAAGGCAUAGUCAAUCCUUUGGCUGCUGUCAGGCUACGAAAAUCUCGAGGAUUAGGUGCCAAAGGUUAGAUAUGAUUUAAUUCAUUGAAAUUUAACAUUUCUAAGCUCACUCAGAUUUAUUUCUAAUUCCUUGUAAAUUGGCUAAUUAUGGCCCUCAUACUUCCAUUAUCAUCAAUGUUCAAGAUUAUCAUAUCUUUUCUUUUAA